CGCUGGACCAGUUCCUCGGGGGUGCGCAUGCGCAGUAGUUUCACCUAGCGGGCGCCGGCCAUGGCUGAGUGGACUCCUGCCCAGGCUUGGGAAUGGGAUGUGGAGCCGCAGCAUUUGGCUUCAUUUCAACCUCCCGCCAUCUUUGACCAAGCUGCCGAGAGGGAGAUCUACCCGACCGCCGAGAUCUCCCUCUGGACCGUGGUGGCCGCCAUCCAAGCCGUGGAGAGGAAGGUGGACUCCUGCGCCACGCGGCUGCUCAACCUCGAAGGGCGGACGGCGACAGCCGAGAAGAAGAUUUUUGAGUGUGAGAAGACGGAGUUGGAGUUCAGCAACCACUUGGCCGCCUUGGGAACCCUGAUCCAAGAGUACGGGGUGCUCCAGAGGAGGCUGGAGAACAUGGAGAACCUGCUGAAGAACCGGAACUUCUGGAUCCUGCGCCUGCCCCCGGGCUCCAAAGGAGAAAUCCCCAAGGUCCCAGUGACUUUUGAUGACGGCGCGGUGAACUUCUCCACACAAGAGUGGGCCAAUCUGGAAAACUGGCAGAAGGAGCUUUACAAGAACAUCACCAAAGGGAACUAUGAACCGCUGAUCUCACUGGACUCUGCAGUUUCCGGAACUGAUGCUCUCCCCUCAGUGGAACAAGCGGAGCCUCCACGUAUCGUGGAUCAGGAGUUUGUGAGGGAAAAGGAGGUCCUGACAGAGUCCAGAACAGCAACAGAUCCCGUGGCUUCCAAAGAGGACCUCUUGUCCUGGAUUAAGCAAGAAGAGCCCCCCAGGAGAGGGAAAUGGGACCUGCAGCAGGAGAUCCCACCUGUUCUUGACUAUGAUGACAGCAUGAUGAUCAAAAGUGAGGAACGGAAUCUCGGGGAGGGUCCUAAACCCCCUUUGCCUGGCCAGGGUGUGCUGCCCGGAAUACCUGGGGAAGACGUUUUCCAAGUCCCAAAGCCAGAUGUGAGCUGUGAGAGGCAAGGCUGCCUUCAGGGAGAGCAACCAGUCCCUCUUGCACAGAGACCGCAGGAGCCUCCCCGCAGCGAGAGAAGCUGCUGUGAACUCGAGGCAGCCCAGCCGGAAGCCUGCCUCAAAGGAGGCCCGUUCAGAUGCUGUAAGUGCCGGGAAGGCCUUGCUUGCGAGCAGCGAUUCUCCUUGCACCAGAGGAUCCACGUGGAAGACGAGGUGUACGGGGAAGGCGUCAUGCCGACAGCCGAGCCAAGCGGCCAGCAGAUUCCCGAGGCCUAUGUCUGCGGAGACUAUAAAAGCAGCUUUGGAGAGCAGCCCUUCUCUCAGGCGGCGGGCAGCCCAUACGCCUGCUCCCUCUGCCCCAAGAGUUUCCGCCUCAAGACUAGCUUGCUGAUCCACCAGAAAACCCACACAGCAGGGAAAAGCGAGAGUGCCUUUGUUUGCCCCGAAUGUGGGUGCGGCUUCAGCCACCAGGGCCAGCUUACCCGGCACCAGGCCAUUCAUGCCGACAGGCCUCACCAGUGCUCCGAAUGCCACAAGGCUUUCAACCGGAAAUCCAGCCUGGUGGUUCACCAGAAAACCCAUCGUGAGCGACCCCGGCCCUUCCAGUGCCCGCAGUGCAGCAAGACUUUUAUCCGCAAGCAGCACCUGGACGAUCACACCCGGACCCACACUGGGGAGAAGCCCUACCAGUGCCCUGAGUGCGAGAAGCGCUUUGCUGAGAAAUCCAAGCUGACCAACCACUACCGGAUCCACACCGGGGAACGGCCAUACCGCUGCGGACAGUGUGACAAGCGCUUUGUGCGAGCACACCAUCUUGUGAAGCACCAGAGCAGCGUCCACCAGGCCGGAGCCAAGCUCUACUCAUGUCAGGAGUGCAGGCAGAACUUCAGCCACGCUCAGGCCUUCGUCAGCCACCAGGCCAGCCAUGCCAACGGAGAGAGACGCCACCGCUGCACGGAGUGCCUCAAGACCUUUGCCCGCAGGAAAUACUUGCUGGAGCACCAGCGCAUGCACACAGGGGAGAACCCCUACCAGUGCCCCCACUGCGGCAAGCGCUUCCGCUACAAACAGUCGCUCAAGCAGCACCUGCGCAUGCACGGGGACCAGCAGCAGCAGCAGCCCAUGCCAGGGGGUGAGCAGGUCCUGACCCUUAGCAGCAGCAGCAGCGUGCCAGAGAAACCCUCUCUCUUCCCAGCCAACCCUUCCAACGGAACUUGAGGAUGGCCUACCAAAACGGAACAGAUGGCCUGUGAAACUGGAAGCCAGUUUAUGAGCUUGGUGUGGGUGUUCUUGGGCCUCGUCUGCAAAGCUUCAAUUUGGGCCAGCUCGUCGGGUGUGGCCUUGGCAGGCAUAUUCUCCAGCCGCGGGGAUGGAUUUUUGUGAACCAAGACUGUAGAUGGGCAAGUGGUUGCCCAAGUGCUUUUAUACGGAGCCAACUGUCAAUUGCCACAGGGAACCGUCUUUUCAAGAGCAAGAAAAAAAAUCAAGGACUUUGGCCAGUGCUGGAACACUGAGACAGUACCAUAACUGUCUCAACGUUCAGUCUUGGGUUCCAAGAUGUGGUUGUGUGAAUCUGUCCCGUCCACUCACCGGUUCCUGUCUGGAGUGUGGCUCACCAACACUCACUUAAAGAGGAACGAUGCCGGACCGCGUUCUAGGGCCUCCCAGCUUCCUCUGCCUGCAGACAUCCGGAGGCGCAGGCAGGACAGGUUCCUUCCUCCAAUCCCUGAGCUCGAAUGCUCACCCAGUUGCCGUGGAGAAGUCACACUCUCAGCCUAACCUACCUUGCAGGUUUGUUGUGAGGAUGAGAUGAAACGAGAAUUGUGAAGCACUUUGUACAAAGUGCUGCGGAAAGGAAUUAAAGAAAAAAACCCAGAGGUCAGGAAGUGGGACCAUAUAGCUCGCAUGAAAGCCAAAAUAUCAGAGAGCCCCAAACAAAGGAGCCGUCCGAUGCAAGGAGAGUCUCCUGCCACAUCUAGUGGGACGUUAAAGGCGUGUGCCGGCAGCUCUUCCUCGUGGACCAGGAUGCACUGCAGCUCUUGCAGGGGAGGGGGCGGUGCCAUGGCAGCCUUCCCCAACCUGGUGCCUUCCAGGACUUUUGGAGUACAGCUUCCAUCCGAAGGCUGGAUCAGAUGGGAAUUGUAGUCCGGAACAUCUGGAGACUACCAGGUUGGGGAAGGCUGCCUGAGAGCAUGUGGUGCAAAAUAGCUGGUGAGUUUCUGAACUGCCCAUUUGCUAAGACAUGGUAUGGGCUGUAGUGCGUGUAGUUUUGGCUUCUGCCUGAGGAGGCAGGAGCCAUUGCAACGGGGCUGUUUCGGCAGGCAAAUCCCACCUGUUUGGAGCAUAGCAUCCGGGAGCGGCUCUUUUUCCCCAGAUCAUGGCCUGAUUGCACUGCAAUGUCGUUUUCUUUGUCUCCCUUUUUCCUGCCUCAGUCGUAGUGUGCCAAAAAGCUACACUCCAAUUAGCCUUUUCUGACAGGUUUUGAGUGUGUUUAUUACUUUUUAAUCAUGGGCUUUUACAUGAUUUCUGACAGUUUUAAAUAUUUUAUCUUCAAUCCAUUUCCUUGUAUAUGAGACAACGGAGCAGCCAGCUCUUGUCUGCUUUGACCUCUGCCUAUUACGCUGGCUCCAUAACUUCUCCUCUCCGGCACGUCUGCCAUUGAGAGUCUGUAUUUCGCUGUGCACGUUUCACAACGGACAAGACAGUCUGCCAGUUCUUCCCAGCGCUGCAGCCUGUACUGCAUCAUCGAGGAUGGUGCCGGGGGAGAUUUGCAGAAGAACAAAGAAGAAACCAAAGAUAGAAUGAAGAUGCCAUCCCAGCCUGGGCCAGGCUGAGGCUUCCAAGGGCCCAAAUGCCAUGGCAGGUCAUUACGAUUUGGCCACCUUCCAUCCUGGGCUCUCCCAGUCCUUGGCACAGACUGCACUAUAUACUGAAGAAACAUCCUGCCUUCUGGAGGAAGGCCUUGCAGCUCCCACUCAGCAAUGUCACCUGCAAAAAUUACAAUUAUACCUUUUAGCUUUUAUAUAUAUAUAUAUACAUAUAUAUAUAAACAGCAACAAAACAAUGGCGGGGAUUCAUAAAGAUUUUGUAU